CCUCUAUCGAGAGAAACUAAAGGCUGACGUUUACAGGCGGGAGUCAAGUGUCAUUACGUCACGCAGGUGUGGUGAAAGGUGCGCUCACUGGCUGUUUUGAAUUGAAAGCACAAAGCCGUCGAACAGGAAAAUCUGCUCCCUACACACCUACCUGUCGAAUAGCUGUGAGGUAUCUUAAGACCCACAGCACCGAAGGCUCUCUCAUACUUUAGUUACCUGCAGGGUUUUCGUCAAAAGCAGCCUAAAAAUGAGCGGGAUUUCAAAAUUAUUCAAGGGGAAAUCGAGCUCGAGCUCCUCGAGCUCUUCGAAGUCCAAACACCACCGGUCACGAGGCGGACCUUCACCUCAAGAGGCCAUCCACAAACUCCGAGAGACCGAGGAAAUGUUGACGAAGAAACAAGACUACCUGGAGAAGAGGAUAGAGCAGGAGCUUAUGAUAGCCAAGAAACAUGGGACCAAAAACAAGAGAGGUAUGAGACUAUUCUGUAUGGAAAUAUCUGUGCACCUGUUGCCUCAGAAAAUAGUCCAGAUGUUACAUUUCUUUCUAACAUCGGACCUCUUGACAGUCAAUUGAGUUUUGUAAACAUCUCCCAAGUUUUCUCCCAAUUUCUUAGCUGUGAAUUUAAAAAGGAGAGGGCAUGUGAAUAUUUCUCAUAACCUUGAGGUCUCUAAACUAAAUGCCUCACAUACUUCCCUGUUUGAUAAAUGGCCAGUCUGUGAUUGCUCUUUAAUAUAGUGAUGAUGUUUUUAAAGGAUUCUUCAACAAGUCUAACAGGUUUGUUACUCGUACACUGGCACUGUUUAUUUAGGCCAAGUACACAACAAAAGCAUCUCAUUAAACCUCAGAUCUGCUGUCCUCUCUUGAGAGAAACUGCAUUCAGUGUGUUUCUCUCAUCUAAAACUGUGAGGUGCUGCAUAUCUUGUUGAAUCACCUCAGACUAUAAAUAAGUAUUGUCUUGUUAGAGGGAGGAACCUUGUGUCUUGUAGAUUGUUGACGCCCUUCCCUUAGACAUUCUCAACCACAUGGAAACAGGUGGAGGGGACGUUGAAUGUGUCAGAGUCACACGCUUCUUUCUUCGAUCUCUGUGUCAGCUGCUCUGCAGGCCCUCAAGAGAAAGAAGCGUUUGGAGCAGCAGCUCACGCAGAUCGAUGGCACACUCUCCACAAUCGAGUUUCAGAGGGAAGCUCUGGAGAACUCACACACCAACACAGAGGUCUUGAAGAACAUGGGCUAUGCUGCCAAGGCCAUGAAGAAGGUCCAUGAAAACAUGUAAGAUAAUGGCUAUAAAAACAGUAACUGAUCACUUGGAUGUAGUUAUGUUGAUACCUUUCUCCUUUUAUAAACCUUAGCUUGGGUUCAUUUUGAACUAUAUAUUGCAAUAUUAUGCCUUUUCUUUUGUUCUUGUUUAGUUCAAUUGUUGGAUAUCAAUUAAAUAUGGGAAAAUGUUCAAAUCAGGAGGUAAAAGUGUGGUGGAGAAAAUCCAGGAUGAGAGCUCAGGCUCCAUGACGCUUGUUCAAAAAGUCGCAAGAGAAUUAAACAAGAGAGACCUGAGAUUUUCUUAAACCAUUAGACCCCAGAGUGCUUAAUUUCUCUCAAAGUGCAUGACAAAUGUAGCGCUUGUCAAAACAGAAAUGUCCUCUCUUCUUCACCAUUAGGGGUUUUUGUCCCUUUCCUUACUUGUGAGUCAGGUUUGGCCUUCAAAACAGAAAGUCAUGUUUAAAAAUGGUUUAUUUCCUAUAAUGUUUAAUGAAUUGAAGGUGGGAUAACUUUUUUCAUUCAGUAAAUCAAAUAUUGUUCGCUACCUUUCUAAUGAAUACACAUCUCAUUAAUAAAGUGUUUAAUGAGGUCAGUUUUGAGAGUUUGUUUAGAGGAAUGUAUAAUGAUUUUUAAUCCAAACUGUCUCUUUUAUCUUCUUUUGUCUUUUAGGGACCUCAACAAGAUAGAUGAUCUGAUGCAAGAUAUCACUGAACAACAGGAUGUUGCCCAAGAGAUCAGCAAUGCAAUCUCAGGACCAUUCGGGGAGACAUUUGAUGAGGUUGAUACCUACACACACUAUCUCGUUGACAUCUAUUUAUCAUGUUCUGUUCACCACUUGGAAAUCAACAUCCAGCUCGACUGGGGCUGUAAGGUAAAUGCAUCUGGCGUCACUAAAUCCUGCGUACUCUUGUGCCUUUUAGGAUGAGCUGCUGGCAGAGCUGGAAGAGCUGGAGCAGGAGGACCUUGAGGACAACAUGAAGAGUAUGGGUGGAUUACCCAGCGUGCCAAGCUCCAGAUUGCCUUCUGUGCCAUCCGGUCAUCGUGCAAGUGAGUUUAGUGCUGCAAGAAACAAACCAAAAAGUUCAAGGCAGAGAUGCCCACUUUUAAAUCAAAGGAAAAAUGAGCACAGACCAUGAAUUGUGUAUAUUAUUAUUGUGAUAAUGUGAAGGAAUUUAAUCACAGAAGCAAACAAAAGAUGGGAAACAAACUAAAUAAAAAGACUAAAAACAGAUAAAGUAGAUUGUUUUGUUUGUCUGAUAAAUUAUUACCUCUGCAAUCUCACCCAGAUAAAUGUUUUUCUGUCUUUUUCAGCAACCAAGAGGAGGGUUGAAGAAGAGGAUGACAUGCGUAUGUUGCAAUCGUGGGCUACCUAACUACAUUAACAUGAAUCCUUUAUUAAAUGAAAGUUUCAUCCUCAUAAAAACUUUCUUUUUUAAACGCUUUUUUAUAAAUGUUGAAGGUUUCUAAGGGAAAAUGAAGAUUCUUUUAUUACACUUUUUUGUUCCUCAUACUGAAAUUCCACUUUACAGAUUUUGUUUAUCAACUUUUAAGUGAAGGGACCCACAAGGUGCAUUUUAAAUUGAUGUUCCCAUUCUUCUUUUUUGUUCUUUUCUGCUUUCCUUUUGUAAUGGCAUCUUUUCCUGCUUUCAGAGUCUUAAUGAAGAAAUUACAAUAUGACUGUACUGUUUUAACAUAAUGAAUAGAAUCCUUAACUCUAUUUAAUAGAGCUGUAAAUAAAGUUGCAAGUUGUUUUUAUUGUGUAAAUAAACUUCCAAAUAGUCAAGAGA